AUGGCGGUCGGACUGAAUACUAUAUUAGCGAUUGGUUUUUUACUGAUAGUUUCGUGGAGUCAUCCAUCUUUAGCCGAUGGCAAGGAGAAAAGUGCUACGGCAAAAGCCCAUCAAGAAGAGCCGAUUUUUGAAAUGAAAAGUCUUGCCAAUCAAUUUGUUAACAUUCUUAAAUAUGUACCCACUACAAGUGAAUUUUGGGACCAAUAUGUCACUACAUUUAAACCUGUUUUAAUUAAAGGAAUUGCUGUAUAUUCACCAGCUUUUCAUACAUGGAAUCGAAAUUUUCUAAAAAAUUCUUACGGCAAUCUUACUGUUAAAAUUAUUGAUAAAAAAAAUCGAAUGAAGCCACCAACUGGAAACGAAGGCAUGGGUUUCGACACAUUAAACAAUUUCUUAGAUAUAAAUUUUCGUAAAAGAAUGUACAUAGAAACGCAACUUCCAACCGCUAUGCAAAAGGAUAUCUUAGUCAUGCCGUUUUUAACAUGUGGUCCAAUUACUCGUAGUAUUCUCGCCAGUAAUUUGUUGAUCAGUCUCGGCGCUCAUCAUACCCAGUGGCAGCGAGAUUCGCCAUCCAUGCUUCACUGCUUAUUACGCGGAAAAGAAGAAUGGGCUCUUAUUGAAUCUAAAUAUAACGAGAAAUUACAUUCCAAAUGUGAAAUUGCCGAUUUCGAUACAUCCAAUGUCGCUUAUCUCGACGAUGAUGAAAUACGAGGAUGUUUGCGUUCUGAAACAUCCGUCCCCUGGCAUUAUGCCGAAGUGAAAGGAGGCGAUUGUUUAUAUGUUCCGCAUGGUUAUUCUCAAAUCGUAAGUUUCAAAGGAAAGCACAAUGUAGGGUUUUCAGUACUACUAGAUAGAACUGACUAUCACGAUCUAGAAUACUUGCAGCGUCAAGAUUGCAAAAAGGCAAAAAUUAAAAAUUUAAACAGUAUUGAAUUAGUUUGGGAUUAUCCAGGUAAUGGCCACAUGAGCAUGGGUAAUAUUAAUCCUGUCCAAAGCCGGGGAAAUUUUGUACACGAACUCGAAUCGAGAGGGCUUCCAAGCGAUUUAGAAAAUCUUAAGCUGCUGCUUAAUGAGUUUGCCACUUCAACGGUUACGGUAAAUAAAGCUAUAGAUUUGUUUAAAAAACAUAUCGACCUUAGUGGUAACAUUACCAAAGAGCAAAUACAAUCAAUUCCAAUACCAGCUUGGAAAGCAAUUCAAACCAUAUUAGAAUUAGAUGCUCGGCCUCAUAACAAUAUUAAUUAUGAACGUCUUCAUUUUCACAGGAAAAUGAUCAGGGAAAUUAUUAAAGCCGCCUAUGAUAAAGGCAGCAAGCAACUUGAUAAGAAUCAGUUUACGAAUGCCUAUAAGGAAAUUGGUGGGUCUAAUAAGUACGCUCAAGAGAUAAUAUCUGCAUUGGAUGGAAAUAAAGAUGGUAUAAUCGAUAUAAACGAAUUAAAAGACAAUUUAAAUAAGACAGUAGAGCCUUAUAGCGAAACCGUGAAAGAUAAUGACAGUUCACACGACGUCAGAAAUUUGCUAUAUAAGCGAAGAAGAAGAAGAGGAUGA